AUGUCGAACGUCGAAAUUGCCGAGGAUGAAGCAUCGGCUAAUAUGGCCAUGAUAUCGAAUGAAGAAUACAAAAUCUGGAAGAAAAAUUCUCCUUUCCUGUAUGAUAUGGUGGUCACGCAUGCUCUGGAGUGGCCCACUCUCACUAUGCAAUGGAUGCCCGACAAGGAAGUUUUUUCCGAUAAGGGAUUCACACGGCAUCGCUUGCUUUUGGGAACACAUACGUCUGGACAGGACAACAACUAUCUGCAAAUUGCGAAUGUGAACUUGCCCAACACGGAUAGCACCACCCUUGAUAUGAAAGACUAUGACGAAGAAAAGGGUGAAAUUGGUUCGUAUUCUUCUGCUUCUGCGCGUAUUCAAGUCACGCAACGCAUCAAUCAUGAAGGCGAAGUGAAUCGCGCUCGAUACUGCCCCCAGAACUGUGAUUUGAUCGCCACGCGCGCUGUGAGUGGUCUGACAUACGUUUUUGACCGCACGAAACACAGUAAUCAGCCAGACAGCGACGGAAAAUGCCGUCCGGACAUCGUACUUGAAGGUCAAACACGAGAGGGAUAUGGCCUGUCAUGGAACCCUAUUCGCCAAGGCCAUAUUCUCUGUGCCUCGGAGGACACGACCGUGUGUCACUGGGACCUGAACGCAUACCAAAAGGAAAGCAAAACGCUGCAUCCACUGCGAACAUAUCGCGGCCACUCUGCGAUUGUGGAAGAUGUUGCUUGGCAUAACCACCACGAAAACCUGUUUGCCUCUGUCGGCGACGAUCGCCAGAUGCUCUUGUGGGAUACUCGUGACUCGAAUGAGGUACCCAAGUACCGCGUUGAGGCCCAUACUGGUGAAGUAAAUGCCGUCUCAUUCAGUCCAGCGAGUGAAUACAUUGUGGCGACGGGCUCCAGCGACAAGACUGUGGGUCUAUGGGAUCUGCGGAAUUUGAGCACGCAUCUGCACUCGCUCGAAGCACACACGGAUGAGGUGUUGCAAAUCGCAUGGUCGCCUCACCAUGAAACUGUAUUAUGCUCAGCUUCAUCUGAUCGUCGCGUGAAUGUAUGGGACCUUAGCCGCAUCGGAGAAGAACAGGCCCCAGAAGAUGCUGAGGAUGGUCCUGCGGAGCUUCUCUUCGUGCACGGUGGACACAUUAGUCGUCCAACGGACCUUUCAUGGAGUCCCAAGGAUCCGUGGAAGAUUGCCACUGCAGCCGAGGAUAAUAUUGUCAUGGUUUGGCAGCCGGCGCGCUCUAUUGUUGAGCCGGCAGAAGCGGAACCUGAUGCGGCUGACCUGGAGUGA